AUGCCGUCUUUCGACCUGAUAAACAAGGUGGAGCUUUUUGUGCGGAAAGGAAAGUUUCCUGUAGACGCCUCAAAAAGUUCGAAGACAGUGAUCAGAGCUGCCAGCAAACACUUCAUCUACAAAGAUGGCUGCCUGUGGCGAACUUACCGAGGCCGCCUCCUCAAGGUCGUCAGGAGCGACGAGGAAGUGCGAGAGAUCCUGACGCGUUAUCAUGACGACAACAACCACGCCGGCCGGGAUCGCACAGUACGGGAGAUCAUGCUCAUGUAUUACUGGGUGGGAGUGACGGAGGCGGUGAAGACCUGGGUCAAAGCUUGUACUGCUUGUCAGAGCCGGAAUCCCACAGAACCACCCAACCCACCCGUCCAGUUCUGCCUGGCCUACGGCUGCGACGCCUCCAGUUACGUCGACCCGGAGCUCAGCUUCUUCAGGUUCCCGAAGGAGGCCGAGCAGCGGCAGAGGUGGCUGAUGGUGGCCCAGCGGGACGAAGGCUCGCUGCGCUCAAACUCCUACCUCUGCUCCCGACACUUUGAGUCGUCCUGCUUUACGCUGAGCGAGGAGGGUCAGCUGACUCUGUCGCCCGACGCUGCACCAACCAUCGUCACCGUGACAGCGGAGGAAGACGAGGUUCCCGUCCCUGAUGAAGAUGAAGACUUCCUGUGUUCGAACUCCCUGGAAGACCUCCUCUCUUCAGCUGCUGCCGCUGCAGACACCGCGGACCCGUCUGCACCAGGCUGCGAUCGCUCUGAAAUACCUGUGCAGCUGCAGGAACACCAGUACUGCCUCCCUGCUCCGGCUGCAGACCCCAGGGAGUUCCAGCCAGUAAGAGAGGAACAGAGGAGAAAGACCAUCCUCGAGCCGAGCUUCUCCACAUACAACCAGAUCGCCAGGUAUCUGAGCCACAGGGUCUUACCCAUGCAAAGCAAGAAGAGCAGAGUUGCUCUGAAGAGGAUGUCCAAGCGCUUUGGACUCAUCGACGGAGUGCUGAUGUUCACCCGUGUCUCUCCACCUCUCAGAGUGCCGCGCAGCAGAGAGGAGGUGAACGCCAUCCUGCAGCAGUUCCAUGACAACCAGGGUCACUACGGUCACGGCAUCUGCCAGCAAGAGAUCACAAAGCACUUCUACUGGAGCAGCAUGACCCGGGACCUGGCCUCGUGGAUCUCCAGCUGCCACACCUGCCUCAACAGAACCAAGAGGAAGUGGCUCCGCUGCAGCAUCCACAGCUGCAACCACUGCUGCGGGCCGGUGGAGAGGGGCCUGGGCCUCGCCUUCCACAAGUUUCCUCUUCACAACCCGCCCCUGCUCGCUCAGUGGUUGAAAGCUGUCGGCCGGUCCAACUGGCACCCUCGGCUCGGCUCGUCGAUCUGCUCGACCCAUUUCACAGAGGACUGCUUCGACCGCAGUGGAGAGAAAGUCACCCUCCGUCCAGACGCCGUUCCCACGCUGCUGGUCCACAACAGCUCAGCAGCUCUAUUUGCCAAGUACGAUGCUGUGGAGCUCUACCUCCGUCAACGCGUUUACCCUCACGGUCUGAGCUACGUAGAGAAAAACACCUUCAGGAGGUUCUGCAAGAAGUUCGUCAUCAAAGGCGACGAGCUCCACAUGGUGAAGGCGGACCGGCUGCGUUUGGUCCUGAGGAGCAGGCCGCAGGUUGAAGUCGCCCUGAAGGAUUAUCACAACGAGCUGAACCACCUCGACACCAACAAAUGUCUCCGGCUGCUCAACGAGAGAUUCUUCUGGAAAACCAUGAGGCCUGACGUGGUGCAGUGGAUCAGCAGCUGCUCCGAGUGCAACAGAAAGACGAGGAAGAAACCAGAGCACCAGGCGGCGGCGGCGGCGGCAGGAGGAUCAGAGGCAUCGCUGCAGACGUCACCACAGAUACAGCACGAUGUCGACAGUGAGACGGAUGAUGCAGAAGAUGAAGAUGAUGAUGAUGAUGGUGGUGGUGGUGGGAGCGCUGGGGAUGAAGAGAUGCAGGAAGCAGACAACAGAGAGGAUGAGUCCCCCCGACCUGCAGCCCCCAUCAACCCUCAGCGCAGAAUUCCCAUCAUCCUCCAGCCUGGCACCAGAGUCCGGUCCGUUGAGAGAGGCAAGCGUUCGCAGGCUGACGUCCAGAAGGAGACAAACGGCGCUGACACUCAGCCCGAGAGUCAAAAAGGCGUCCAGGCUCAUCCAGAGGAACAGCUGGGACCUGGAGUCGUAACACGAGACUCUCGGGGCAGCGCCAGAACACAUCACUACCUCAGAGAGCUGCCUCCACCUGACGUCCCCGCAAAACUUCCGCAAGCAACAACCAAUCAGAUUCAACCUGUGAGUCCCAACAGCCAAUCACAAACAUCGACACAAACCCAGAACGACGGCGGCGUCGUGCCCCCGGCAAAGAGGAGCAGAGACCUGGAGGCGGACUCUUCGGCUAACAGGACGUCCAGCUGUGGCCUGGAGCCUGUGGUGGCCCCGAGCACCAAACCCUGGCCCGUCUUCACCAUCGCCGGCUCUGCACCGGGUCACGCAGCCAAACCGCCCGAGGCCGACAGGAGCGGUCCGGCUCUCUGCCGGGGACCCAGGACGCUUCAGGCCCGGACCAUCAUCCAACAGUGCAGUCAAGCGAAGGUUAAGAUCAAACCUGCUCUGGACGGAGCUGAGGCUCAGUGGGCCGAGAUCCAGGACGGAAUGGUUGUGUACGUCUGCUUCUCCCACGGAGCCUCGGAAAACGUCCCGUAUGAAAUUGCCAACACUCUGAUGACAACCAAACUUUUCCGAAAAGACACCCGGCACUGGGCGUCUGUCCUCGACCUUCCCGGCAGCGUCUUGUUUAUCCCCCAGGACUCCCUGCUUGGGGAGCCAGUGCCCAAGAGAAAGAUGCAGUUUAAGGGCGGGUGUGAGCCGUGGUGGGGCGCUCAGCUCUUCUCCAACCUGGUGUUCACCUGCAGGGAGCUCGUGCAGCGCUCCGUGAAGUGCACGAAGGCGGGCGUGAAGGUGGAGCAGGGGGUGUACGGCCAGAAACAAGAGAUGGUGCUGAACUGUGCUGAGCCGCUGACGGUCCUGCUGGAGUUCUGAGGUACAGACGGACACUAGGACGGGAGGAGGGACGUCCACUGAUCUGAAUCUGAAGGUCUCUAACAUGUUUCCACCACAGCUUCUGAUACGGAAGCUACAGAAUCACGGUUUGGAUCAUUUUUCAGAUCCUCAGUUCCAUAUGUAUAUGUGUAGAUACAUGUAUAUAUCUAUAUAUAUAUAGAGAGAGAGAGAAACAAAUGAACACUUCAGUAACUUAUUAUCAACAAAUAAAUCCCACAAUUCAAGAGCAAAAAAAACUAAAAUCCGUUUGUGUGGAUUUCUGUUUGCGUUCUGCUUCUGAGGAACCUUGAAGAAAACUCCGAUGAUUAAAAGAGAAGUUUGAAAUGUUCACACGUGAGGAAACAACAAGUUGUUUGUAUUUACUGUUUUCUUUCCGCUCGCUCUGAGGCUCCGUCCACAUUAAUACGGUUUUCCACACGUUUACAUCUUCUGUUCCCACUCUUCCAGUUUUCUGUCCCUCAAAGACUAAACUCUGCUUCCUGUUUACACCACAUGACCAGUGGAUCGUCACGUGACAUUUCGGGUGCGUUAGUGUGGAACGCAUCGUGACUCCGUGUUUUUGACACAGUUAAAUGGACUUCAUAUAUUUUCCGUAUUGAUUAUACUGUAUAGUUGAGAAAAUCUUGAUAUUAAAUAAUUAUUUUUUGUAAAA